AUGGAACUUGACCUGGACGACACGGACGCCGACGCAGACACCACCCUAAUAUCAGAUGAAGAUGGCAUCCACGAGUCAGUGACUAACGAUGGCUUAGCUCGGGUCGAGGAGCCUACAGCCUUGGAGCAGUCAGGCAAUGAGACUGCCACUGACGUGGGCCCUGCGACUUCAUUUUGGCCAAUGCAAGGGUCAGACCAUACGACAUCCUUAGUAGGGUGUUCCAAUUCGGGUCCUUCUAUUGCUCAGUUCAACGCCCCUCCACCGGCAUCCAAUGCACUAGGUCUCGACGAGAUCAUGCCCUCUCGCCUGUCCAUCACGAUGUCCACAGCUGCACCGACCACCGCCUACUCUGUUCCUGAACUAAUGUUUUUCGCUUCCACAGCAAUGCAGCAAGGCCUGCCACAUGCUCAUCCUCAAGGGUAUGAUGUGCGCUGCUGGAAUCAACGGUUCGAGGCACCGUGA